AGUGGCAGUGGUGGUAGUGGCGGCGGUGGCAGGCAGAGCGCGCGGGAGUCCCUGUCGGUGAUCGUGCCGCCUCAGGACGUGGACGUGGACUCGCGCGACGCCGACUCGGAGCUGCUCAGUCCGGGCAAGCUAACGCCGACUUCGGGCAUCAGCGUGUCGGUCGCGAGUAUGAUCGACGCGACGGACUUCAGGGCGAUGCAGCCGGAGCCGACGUAUCAGACACUAACCUCAGUCGCGGAGAGGAUGUCGCCGCCCGGCUUCAGUCCAGGCUCGUCGUACGCGACUCUGACGCCGCUGCAGCCGUUACCGCCGAUCUCGACCAUGAGCGACAAGUUCGUGUACGGCGGCCACGCUGCCGGCGGCGUCACCGGCAGCUUCGCCGUCAUGCAGAACAACGGCCUGGGUAACAUCGGCCUCGGUAUGGGCAGCUCGCCGUACGCGUACGACAAGCUACCCACCAUGGGUAUGUCGCCGCCGCACAACUAUCCUUCACCCGGCGCGGGACUGCAGCCGAGCCCGUUGUCGCCGCAGAGCGCGUACAGCCAGAGCGGCCUCAAUUCACCGCACAAGUCCGCGAGUCCUCACUACGACCCGGCGUUUUUGCCGCGAAUGCAGCAGAGCCCGGCGGCGCUGAGCCCGUCUUCGCCGCCGGCCGUCUCGGCGACCGCGAGUUUCGCGCCAUCGCAUCAUUCACCGCCCACGCACUCGGUACCGGCUGCUUCGCCGCCGCCGAUGCAGACGCAGCUGCAGCAGCAGCAGCAGCAGCAGCAGCAGCAACAGCAGCAGCAGCAGCAGCAGCAGCAACAGCAGCAGCAGCAGCAGCAACAGCAGCAGCAGCAGCAGCAGCAGCAGCAGCAAUCGAUGCUGCAGCAGACGAUAUCGCACACGCAGCACGUGCAACACACGUCGGUGGUGAUGAAGACGGUAUCGGCGGCGGGCAACGGCGCCGGCGAGGUCGAGGAGAUCAACACGAAGGAACUGGCGCAGCGGAUCAGCGCGGAGCUCAAGAGGUACAGCAUACCGCAGGCGAUCUUCGCGCAGCGGGUGCUCUGCCGCAGCCAGGGCACGCUGAGCGACCUGCUGCGCAACCCGAAGCCCUGGUCCAAGCUCAAGAGCGGCCGAGAGACCUUCCGGCGGAUGUGGAAGUGGCUGCAGGAGCCCGAGAUACAGAGAAUGUCGGCCUUGCGGCUAGCAGCCCUGAGCAACUGCUCUGAGAGCGGAGGCGAGCCGGACGCAAUGCUGGAUAUCCACCACCCAGGAACCGGGAUCGACUCGCACCACCAACAGUUUCACAACUCCUAUGGUAAUAUGAAAUUCAUCAUUAUAAAAUAGUAACUUAACUCGCGCGGGGAGACGCCCCGCGCGGCUCUUCCGCGCUUCUUGCAUUCGCGCGACUCUCGCGCGACUCUUUUUCUCGCUCUUUCCUCCUUUCGUUAUUUAGACGCAACGUUAUUAGCGCACGGCGCCCCGAAGCAGCGAAACAUUCGCAUUCACGAUCGAUCGUACGGACGGACGGACGGACGGACGGACGGACCGAAAGGGGCCCCGCUGCUCCUCGAGAUCUCCGACGAGGAGAGGCGUCGAGAUCAAAGUUCGUCCACGCCGACACGCCGAUUUGUCGUGUCCGUUUGGUGCGUCUUUCUUCUAGCGUCUCUCUAGCACUUUGCCGCCGACUGUUACCUAUCGCUGUUAUUAUCUUCGCCGGCGAAGGGGAGCCCGCGCGACACGCGAAUCGGCGUGCCGAUCGAAGCGCGCGCAAUUAACCGUACGAGCGAGAAGCCGCGCUUGCGAAGCAGCGCGGCGCGGCGGGAAAUUUCGUCGCGCGAGGCUUUCCACGCGAUUCUCACGGGCCGUCGUCGUCUCUCGUCUCGCACGCGUCUCGCGCCAUUUUUAUUUCUCUUCUCCUUAAACCAGUUUGUUUUCACGGUGUGCGACCAGUUACUUUUGUUCCUUCGUCCUUCGACCAUAGAGAGUAACGACGUACGAAAUAGUCGGAGUGCGAGAUUAGUUAUAGCCUCGAGCUGCGAAAUAUACUACUGUGGUCGAAGCAUAAAACUAUGGAAAGUAGGACCGACUUUAGCUUCGUUCUAUAUUCCUGCCUGCGUGAGCGUGUGUGUGUGUGUGUGUGUGUGUAUGUGUGUGCGUUUCGUAUGUGUAUAUUUCUCUCUCUAUACGACAGCGAUGAAUAUGCAGGAAAUCACUCGCCCUCCCGGCUCGUCGCGGUUAAUCGCGCGAUUCGCGGAACGCGCGUCCCGAAUUUUCCUCGAGGACGACGGAGGACGAAAAAAACAAGCUUUUACCGCGGCGAGAGGUACGCGGCAAGAGUUUUCCACGUUUCGGCGGAUCUCGCGGGCAAAAACCGCGGGGGAAUAAUAAGCUUCUUGAAUAAUUCUCAGGCGGCAAAUCAGGUCACGAAUUUCCGUCAUUGAAUCGGGCGAAAUUAAUAAUGACGGCAGCUGUUUCAUGAGACUUUAAAGAGCUCUCUCUCUCUCUCUCUCUCUCUCUCCCCCCCUCUCUGUCUUUCUCCCCCCGUCGGUUCGUCGCCGCGUGUCGAGACAGAUUGAUAGAUUCCAUCAAUUCGGAUGUCGAUUCGCGUUUUUCGAUCGUUUAAUUUAAUUGCGCCACCGCUUAAGUGUAUUUGCGGAAUACGUGAUUUUAUGUACGAUUCGCCGUUCGACAAAGGCGAGAAUACCAUCCGAGAAGCUCUUCCUCUAUGCUUCUCCCUCUCGCGUGCUCGUCACACGAGAAUACACACGGUCACGAGAAUACACACACAUACAGAAAAAGAAUAUCCCGGCGAGAGAGACUCGGCAGAGCACCUUAAAUUUACCAUCGGCGGUUUCUUCCUCGCGCCAAGUCGUAUCGGGGACAUUUAAUUAAUUACCUCGGACGAGAAACGUAUUUCGCGUUUGAAUUAAUUAUCGCAUCCGACUUACAACGUCGUCGCGAGCGGAGUCGUAAGCCCUCGAUAACGCGACAUCCGUCAUUCGCGGCUAAUCUAUCAUCCUUUUAUUCUCUUUGCAGUUUUCUCGGCUGAAUUUUUCGCGCGGAGGACGCGCUGUUGCCUUCCGCUCGCUCGCGAUCGCGUCGUCCUCCGAAGCGAGCGCGGAUCCUCUUCGUCUGUGACGGCGACGAAGCAACGAGGAUCCGACUCGCCGGCGAAACAGAUGUCUCGAUAACACACACGCGUCACACGGCAGACGCCGGGGGAGCGGGACGGGGGGGGGAAGUCGAUGAUUAAAUAAACGGGAAGGACAGUUCGUCUUAUCUGGCGCAAUCGAAUGAAUUAAUCGUUUUCCCCCCCUCGCACCCCCCCCCUGUCUUCCACAGCGCUCAUAAUACAGAUCCGAUCCGAACCGAUCGCGUUCCAAUGGCUCGUGAAUAAUGCGCGGCUCCUAACCCGAAAUCGACGCGCGCGCUAUUUCGAUCGGCCGGAGACGGGCCGCGCGCGAGUGGAGCGUACGUGAAUUUUAAAUAGAUUUCAGAAAGAUCGGCUCUAGCCCGAUGAAUUAAUGGGACCAGACUUCCCGAUGGAUUUUUAAAACGAUCCCACCCCGCGCGACUCAAUCGCGACGUAUUUGCGGAGCCGAUUCGAUAUGCGCCCCGCGCAUCGGCACGCGACGUUUCGCUUCGACUAAUAUUUUCAUUCAUUUGACUAAUCAGGGAGUAUAUAUAUAUAUAUAUAUA